AUGGCAGCUCCUGCGUUUGCAGAUGAACAGAUACAUGAACCAGAAAUAACCACAGUAACCAAGACUGACUAUGUGAGUAGCCCGUGUUUGAAGGGACUCGUGGAUGACCUUUUACCCAACAAUCCAAAGGGAUUGACCACUGGUAUACCCAUCGUCUUUGUUCAUGCACCAAAAUCAGUGGCUGGUCAACCAGUAGAACAGCUGAUUACCAGCGAUUCCUACACCCAAAUACAAGCCCACACCAGUUACGCAACUGUCUCUCCCCAGAAAGCAGAAACGCAUGUCGUCGCUGCUUGUGAGACUAUAAUUUCAACAUACACCACUCGAAUUGUGCAGACAGUUAGGUGCUCAAGCAAUGUCUGCCAAACUUCAACCAUCACUUCCCUCGUUCCAACGGUUUACACUUCAACUGGAUUGACAACUUUCGCCACCACUAGCGCUGGCUCUACUGGCGCUGGCUCUACUGCCAGCCGCUCCUCGUCGGCACAAAGCAAUGGCAAUGGCAAUAGCGGUGGCAACAACAGUGCUCUGGUUGCUGCUGGCGCAGCUUCUUUAUCAACCACAUCUGUCGAGAUCGCGGUGACCACAACUUCCACCGUCUUUACCGCCACCACCGAGUUAUCAAGCACCUAUGAGCCAUCGGCUACGUUAGAGCCAAUCACAUCGAGAUCUGCUCCCGUGACAUCACAAUCGGUUGUUUCCGAAAGCCAAUCAGUCACCAUUGACGUUUCCACCAUCACAAACGAUGUCACCAUCUCAACGUCCGCUGCUCAAACAACGACAACAACAACAACAACUCCUCUGCUGGAGUCAUCCGAGGCAGAAUGGUCCUCGUCUGCCGCUGCGGGAGCAGCUAGCUUUCCAUCGUCAGAAGCGACCACAGUCUUGUCCACUGUGGUCUUGACCUCGUCUUCCUUGGUGCCAUACACCAACUCCUCGACCUACUACAGCACUACUUUACUGACUUUGACCACAGUCAUCGUACUGACAGAGUCGGGUGGUGACUCUGAUUUUGUUGAGGAAUCAAGCUUUGAAUCCCACUCGGAAACAGCUAGUGAAUCGUCAAGCGCCGAGCCCAUAAGCUCUGAAUCAACAACAACAUCUGCAGAAGCAACAUCUGCCGAGCCCUCCGAAUCCGCUGAAAGUGAAGAGCCAACAGAGACAGCAGAGCCCGAGAUUUGCUAUUCAGGAGACCUUUUCGCUCCAAUUAGCAACGCGGCACCACCCUCGGUGUUCCCAAGAGACCAGCUUCCCUUGGCCAUUCCAGCUGGCGUCAACAACAAAGGCGUGCCAAUUCAAACCAACAAAUACUACGCCAACUUGUUCUUGGGCACCCAAGACAUGAUGGUGUACACUUACCCAUAUGCUGUGUACUGGAGCAAACGCUCAUACUAUGGUUUCGCUGUGCAACACACCGACCCAGCUCAAAGGGUGUUUGGUUCUCAAUACACAAACAAUCAAGGCGUUGCCUCGUACUAUUUUAAUCCAACAAACAACGGUGAAAUCAUCUUUUCCGCCACGACAUUUGGCCAAGAUUCCGUGCACAUGGGAGUCACUGACAUGACUGAGAUGGCGGUAAAAGUCACCUUGUCAUCCACGGCCAACGACGAAAUCAACAAUGUGGAAAUUCCAUUGGUUCAAGGUAUGGGUUUUGCCACUGCUAUCUACAACGGUAACAUGGUUUUGAAGUUGAACUCAUUGUACAGCUUCAAAGCUUUGGUCUUGGAAGAUUCAGAUGCACUCCCCUCGAAUGUAUUGAAAUACAGGGUCACUUUGUAUAACGACGUCCAAUGGCUAGUUUACAUUACCUUGCCAAGCGAAGACUCGGAUUUCGAAUUGAGCUCGCCAGAUGCAACUGUGAUCCAGGCUUCCAAAUCAAUUGAUGGGUUGAUUGUCCAAGUGGCCAUUGCUCCCGAAGGAGGAGACGGCGACCAAUACUAUGAUGCUGCUGCAGGUAUGUAUGCCACAGACGCGUCAUUGCAAGGUUCCGUCAUUUGUUCUUCAUCCGCUUCUUACCAAUUCGUUUACAGCACCUCAGGUACAUCCACCAGUGGCAACCCGCUCAUAUUUGCCUUGCCACACCAUCUCGAAACAAUCACUGGAGCUGGUGCCACCGGCAUCAAAGUCUCUUCGCAGACCAAGGGUGAAAUGACUGGAUUCUUGACUAAGACCUUGUCAUUCACCGAAUCCAUCGACAAAAACAUCCACUUCUUGCCCUACAUUGAGGGUCUGCCAGAGCUCUCGUACACGGUUGAACAAUUGGCAUUGUUGGCCACCUCGGCCAAUGAUGAACUUUCUGUGGACAUCGCUUCCACGGUAAAGAACAUGAACUCCAACUACUUUUCCGGAAAAGUGAUUGACAAGUACGCCCAGAUCUUGUUGGUGGUUGAUGAAAUCAUCCGAGACGAAGCUGUCACCAACUCCACUUUAGCUCAAAUGAAGGAUGCUUUUGAAACUUUCUUGAACAACCAGCAAUAUUAUCCAUUAAUGUAUGACACCAAAUUUGGAGGCGUUACUUCAACUGCUGCCCAGAAUGGUGACGAUGGAGCCGAUUAUGGUAGUGCCUACUACAACGACCACCACUUCCACUAUGGUUAUUUCGUCCACGCUGCGGCAGUCGUUGGAAAGAUUGACAAGAAGUUAGGUGGUACCUGGGCUCAGGACAACAAGGACUGGGUCGAGUCGUUGAUCAGAGACGUGGCCAAUCCAUCAAGAAGCGACGUCUACUUCCCCGUCUCGAGAAUGUUCUCCUGGUACGAUGGCCACAGUUGGGCAGCCGGUGUUUACCCAAGUAACGACGGUAAGAACCAGGAAUCAAGUUCCGAAGACAUCCAUUUCGCCUAUGGUAUGAAGUUGUGGGGUAACGUGGUCGAAGACUAUGCCAUGGAGGCCAGAGGCGGUCUCAUGUUAUCCAUCAUGAAGCGUGCGUUCAACUUGUACUUUUACUACAAAUCCGACAACCCCGUGCAGCCAGCAGAAAUCUUGCCCAACAAGGUGAGUGGUAUCUUUUUCGAAAACAAAGUUGAUUACACAACUUAUUUCGGCUCCCCCGAUCAGCACCCGGAAUACGUUCACGGUAUCCACAUGCUCCCCAUCACAGCUGCCAGUUCCUCAGUCAGAAUCCCUUCGUAUGUCCAAGAAGAGUGGGACGAGCAGAUCUCGACAUUCAUCGAUAACGUCAACAGUGGAUGGACGGGUAUCCUCAGAUUGAACCAAGCCCUUAUAAACCCUCAAGAGGCCUAUGAAUUUUUCAGUUCGAGCAACUGGUCAAACAAUUACUUGGACAACGGCCAGAGUAGGACAUGGUCCUUGGCCUUCUCUGGCGCCUUUUCUUAA